CCCCCCCCCCCCCCCUCCUUUUUCCAAUUUUGCAAGCACGAGCGCGGAAGAGUAGGUUCCCGGAAGCCGAGCACAGCUGAGCAGCAGGGGCAGCAGCUGGAGGCUGUAGCGCCUGCCGAGUGGGUGGAGGCCAGCGUCUGCCCAUAGGAAGGGCGGGGUGCGUGCGCCCCCCCCCCCCCGCGCACAUCUGGGGCGGCCCAUGCUCCGGCCUGCAGCGAGCUGUAACAUCUGAGUCCGGCCUGGGGCAGCGGGGUCCUGCGCGCAGUUGGCGCAGCCGAUGCGCCGGGCCGGAGGGUGAGGCCGCGCAGUGGGGCGGGGACAGAGCUGGCACCUCCGGAUCGGGCCCGGGACAGCAAGGGGACCGCCGCGAUGCCAAGCGAAAAUAUCUUCCUGUUUGUGCCUAACCUCAUCGGUUACGCCCGGAUUGUCUUCGCCAUCAUUUCUUUCUACUUCAUGCCCUGCUGCCCCCUGACGGCCUCCUCCUUCUACCUGCUCAGCGGACUUCUGGACGCUUUCGAUGGACACGCCGCCCGAGCCCUUAAUCAAGGGACCCGGUUUGGGGCCAUGCUGGACAUGCUGACGGACCGCUGUUCCACCAUGUGUCUGCUGGUCAACCUAGCUCUGCUGUACCCUCGUGCCACCCUGCUCUUCCAGCUCAGCAUGAGCUUGGACGUGGCCAGCCACUGGCUGCACCUGCACAGUUCUGUGGUCAGAGGCAGUGAAAGUCACAAAAUGAUUGACCUGUCUGGAAAUCCAGUGCUUCGUAUCUACUACACCUCCAGAGCUGCUCUGUUUACCCUGUGUGCUGGAAACGAGCUUUUCUAUUGCCUCCUUUACCUGUUCAGUUUCUCCGAGGGACCUUUAGUUGGCUCUGUGGGUCUUUUCCGAAUUGGCCUCUGGAUCACCGCCCCUAUUGCCUUGCUUAAGUCCCUCAUCAGCGUCAUUCACCUGGUCACAGCUGCCCGAAACAUGGCUGCCCUGGAUGCGGCAGACCGUGCCAAGAAGAAGUGACCCUGGGACUUCCAGCCCCUGGCUGCCCACCUGCCCUGGGAGUCUCACCGUGCCAUGUGGCUCCCCUCCGUCCUAGGAGGUCCCGGCUCACGUCUCCUAAUGUGUUGUCCAACCCACUGGGAAGGGGGUCUGCCUCUUCAGCGAUGUCAUCUCUGUAAUCCUGAGGGCCAGCACGACCCCUGGGAUCCCCAAGGACCUGGACCCCAAAUCAGGAAGGAUACUCAGGAGGCCUCGCCCACCUGGGCAGUACUGGGCGCCAGGAGGUCUGUCUGCAGACUGGGCAUCGUCACACGUACUGGUUCAGCCUUGGCUUGGCCUGAGACUUGAGACAUUUGAGUGAGGGAGAUGGGGUAGGGGCCAGAUUUCCCAAAAGGCAGGGAGUCAGACCUCUGCCCCAGGCAAGAGGAAGCCUGCAGGACUAUGGCCAGGAGAAAAGGCGCCAUCUAGACCCUUCCCCACUGCACUAUCCUCUGUCCAAUCUAUCCCAGCUCUGAAAGCAUCGAUAAUAAAGGCGGGGCUUUGCUCUCCUGGA